AUGUUCCCCCGGCGUGGUGACGCCGUUUGUACUUCGCGACGGUGUGAGCUGCGCCACCUGGAUGCGUGGGCGGAGCGCACGAUAACACGCAGGCAAAUCGAUGUGUCUGUUGAUAGAGUUGGUGUCCGACACCCACGCCUCCAACAGCUCUCGCCCUAUCUUGUUGCCGGCUCGCGCCAAUAUCCGCGUUCUGGCGAAGUCGAACUCAUGCUCUUCCUCCAGCGUGUGAGUGGCUACUUGGGAUAGUAGGUCGCCUCUCCGAACGGCCCGUUUGUGCUCAAGUAUUCGUGAUCUCAGACGUCGUCCUGUCUGGCCUGUGUAGUGGCAAGGACAGUUUUGGCACGGGAAUCGAUAGACUACACCCGACUGUUCACCCCCGCAAGGACGAACGAUAUAAAUGUUCACAAUUUGCUGCACUCAAGUAGUCUCUGAUGAUGAACUCUAGUUCGAGUUCGAAAGCUCAGGCAAAUAAACCCACUGUCCCAGUGAUCGUGCCUUCGCCUUCUUUUAAACAAGAACCUGGGAUGCGCAUAUUCUCUUCCAUUCGUGAGAUCAGACUAUAUUACCGAUCUCUUAGUCAAUGAACCACGACCCUGUCGUAGUAGCACAGUCCCCAGUUUGGCAAUGUUCCACUAUCACCUAUAACAUCCGUCUCCAAGUCCUGCUAUAGGUCGCUUGAGAAUUAGAUCGUAAUGACUGAGCCUAGCGUCCAUUACCUGGUAUCCAACUCUCACACGUGGCACCCGGAAGCUAGGCUCUGUCUGCGGCCACACCUUGGUAACCGUUUCGACCGUCGGGCUGAACUAGGUGAGAGUAUCCGUGCAUGUAUCUCCACACACGGUAAUUCUGCCCCGUUUCCACCGCCGCUGGCCGUGCUGAUCGCCGCAUCGUCAUCUCCAAGAUGAGGCUCACUCUGCAACCCCGCAGGAGGCCACAAGCUGAAUACUGCUUUGUUGCCUUUGCCUGCUCACCGUUUGCAUUUCGGCAAUCAACUGACCCAGCGGCUAGGAGAACUGCCAGCGGCUGAUGAAUACGCCUCCAUAGAGACUCGAUUUUGCUAAAUACGGGGACGCCGUUCACUCAACCGCCCUGUUUGUCCUCAGAAGCGCACGUCGUCAGCACCAGGGCUGGUUUAACGAGCACGACACAGCCAUCAGCAACCUGCUCGCCGAAAUGAGGAGGCUUCGUAGAGCCUACAUUUACCGCUCAACCAAUGCAACCAAAGCGGCAUUCUACCAGUGUUACCGCCUUGCGCAGCAACGGUUGCGGGAAAUACAGGACGCCUGGAUUGCUCCCUGGGUCGAGGAGAUCUGUGGCAGCCCUUUUGUCAUAUUUUUGUUUGUACACUACUUCUUAUAGUUAUUCUAGUUGUUAAGCAUUUCCCAAACUCGCAUUUAUUCAUUUUUGUUUAAGUUAGUGUUUCUGCAACGGUUACGCGGAGACUCCAACGGGCGUGAGUUUCGGUUUCAAAAGCUGAAUGUUCACCCACCACCUUUGUUCUUCACUGGGCGGCGUUGACAGUUAAGUCCGUUCUGACAUAGUCGUUUCACUUGACUUUCCUCGACUUGGUCUCAGCGUUGGAUCACGUUAUCGAUUGAUUAGGCCCCUUAAUGAUCCGGGGAUAUGCCGGCCGAAACAAAGAAAAAGCGUUAUUCGCUGCGAUCAAGACGAUGUCAAGGUCCCCCACUGAGAAAACGCGCAGAUUCUCAGCUCGAAUUGAUGAGCGCUUUUGACAGAGAAUUCGCAGAUUCUGAAGCGUUGGACCAAACACUUUAGAAACGUUCUCAACCGUCCCUCCACAAUCUCCGACGCCGCCAUCGACCGGCCCUUCCAAGUGGACAUUAACACCGACCUGGAUCUCUUACCCUCGCUUACAGAAACCAUUCGCACUGUGCAACAACUCUCUAGCGGGAAAGCACCAGGCUCCGAUGCGAUUCCAACUGAAAACUACCAGCAUGGCGGCCACCGCCUGAUGGACGAACUGACAGCGCUGUUUCAGGAGAAGUGGCACUGCGGACAGGCUCCUCAGGAGUUUACGGACACAAACAUCGUUCAUCUGUACAAGUGCAUAUGGAAACGACAAAACAGCUACGAUCACAGGGGCAUCUCACCACUCAAAAAUCGCCAGGAGGAUCUUCGCCCGCAUCCUCCUCAGUCGUUUCAACCAGGAGGACGAAGGCGACGCUAA